AUGCAGCUCCUGACCUUCUUGGCCGCUGUCCUUUCUUCCACGACCUCCUCCGCAGCCGCCUCCAUCCCCAAGACCUGGUCUCUCUCGUCCCUUCUACCCAACGACACUGGUCAUGCAACCAUCUCUCAAGUGCCCAUCGGCGCUGUGAUCGAUCACUGCAUCGUGCCGGGCACAAUCGCCCUCACCUUCGAUGACGGGCCAUAUAUCUACACGCCGCAAAUCCUCGACACCCUCUCCCAACGCGGUGCCCGCGCAACCUUCUUCCUGAACGGCAUUCACAUGGGCAACAUCCACGAGCACGCGGAUACGAUGCGCCGCGCAGUAGCCGAGGGCCACCAACUCGCCUCGCACACAUGGAGCCACCCCAACCUCUCUACCCUCGACCACGCAGGGAUAGUAUCACAAAUGACGCAACUCGAAGACGCCUUCGCGCGUAUUGUCGGCGUCAUCCCGCGCUACAUGCGCAUGCCCUUCCUGAUGUUCAACCCCCUCGCGCUCUCCAUCAUGACCGAGCUGGGCUACCACGUUAUUGGAGCGAGUAUCGAUACCAAGGACUACGAGCACGACGAUGCUGGCCAGAUCUGGAUGAGUUUUGAGAAGUUCAAGGCGGAGCUGAAUGCCGGUGGCACGGUCGUGCUGGCACAUGAUGUGCAUUAUAACACUGUUAAUGUGCUGGUGGAAAACAUGUUGAAUGAGGUUGAGGCUAGGGGUUUGGUCCGUAAGUUCCAUCCACUCCCACUCCCUGGUUUAAUUUUGAGCUGUGAUGGUGAGGUUUGGUUUGGAGAUGAUGAUAUUGAUUUGGCGUAUAGCUGUUCCCGUUGGUGA